AUGUCCAUGUCAAAGUUGCAGGCGGAGAGAGCACUCAGGAUGCUCACAGACUUGAUGCAAGUCCCGGGAAACGACGUGUGUGCGGACUGCAAGUCCCCCGCCCCUCGAUGGGCGUCAUAUAAUCUCGGAAUAUUUAUCUGCGUUCACUGCGCGAGCAUUCAUCGCAAGUUGGGCACACACAUAUCAAAGGUGAAGAGCAUCAACAUGGAUGUGUGGACAAAGGAGCAGAUAGACUCGAUUAAGACGACCGGGAACAAAAACUCCAAUGCGAUCUAUAACCCAACCAAUGUGGACCCGCCAGUCAACCUGCACGACUCGGAGCGGGACAGCGAGCUAGAAAAGUUUAUACGUAACAAGUACCAGUACAAGCGGUUCAUGAACCUUGGAAAUGAUUCCAUCUCACGAGGGUCGACGUCCAGAAUCGAAGAAGGACGGACCAAGGCACGAGAAAUGCUCAAUGUGGCAGCGCCAGAGAGGACAAGUACCUCUCCUCAGCCCCGCAAAGCUUCGCCUGCACUCACAACAAAGUCUCCUGCAGUCUCACCCGCUCCUCCUACUCCAUCCCCUUCACUACCAGCGCCCGUGGCGGCGGCUCAAGCACCUAUCAAAAUAGAACAUGCGCCUUCGCCGCAGCCGCCUCUUCAAAUGCUUGCCCAACCAUCUCAACCACCCCUCCAAAUCCUCACUCCUGAGGCCAACCUGGCACUUCAAUCAAUGCAAACCGGGAUGCAAGCUGCAUAUCAACCAUUAAUGUAUACAGGAGUCGGGAUGGCACCCGUACCCAUACAGUCCCUCCCAAAUGGCAAUCCAGUAUGGCAAGACAUGGCCGCAUUACAGAGCGGGCCUGCGAUGCCGGUAUAUCAAACACAGCCACUGGUACCAACGAUGGCGUACAACAUGACGGGAGCCGUCCCGACCCCAACGGGAUAUCCAGUGCAGGCUGCGGGGGUGCCGUGGACAAAUACUGGCGCGAUGCCGAUGCAAGCACCCCUUGUACCUUCGUAUACCGCCGGAAUGCCUUUGCAAUACGCCCAAACGGGAUAUACACCAAUUCAGCCUCAAUUUCAGCAGCAGCAGCCCCAAGUCCAACAACCUCAGCCGCAGACGUUGUACGUGCAGAAUGGGGUGAUUAUGCAGCAGCCGUCGCCGCUGCAGAGCUCAAACACAAUGUUAUGGAACCAGAUGCAGACAGGCAUGUAUGGUAUGGGACCGUGA